AUGAACUCCAGCUCACCCGCAGCCAGCGCAUUGGCUCCCGCUAAUGUCCAAGGUGGACCCACCACACCGCGCAAGGGGCCUCCAAAGUUCAAGCAGAGACAGACACGUCAGUUCAAGAGCAAGCCGCCAAAGAAGGGUGUCAAAGGAUUUGGUGACGAUAUACCUGGAAUGGAGGGUCUUGGAACAGAUAUUACCGUCAUCUGUCCUUGGGAGGCGUUCAGCCACUUAGAGCUACACGAGUUGGCGCAGUUCGGCAUCAUCUGA